AUGAGGAACCAGACAAGAACUGUGACAGAAUUCAUGCUCCUAGGAUUUUCUGGCAAUAAGACAGUUGAAGUCACAGUCUUCACUUUAUUCUUCAUCAGCUAUACUAUUGCUUUGGUAGGAAACCUCACCAUUAUUACAUUAGUGUGGUGUGAUAACAGCCUUCAUACCCCAAUGUACAUAUUUAUUGCAAACCUCUCUUUUUUAGAGGCUAUUUACACCACAGCAGUUAUCCCCAAAAUGCUAGUCAACCUCAUGAGUCAGAGAAAAUCCAUUUCCUUCAACAGUUGCAUUUUGCAGGCCUAUAUCUACUUCUCAGCAGGUUCUACUGAGUUCUUCCUUUUGGCUGUGAUGUCAUUUGACCGCUAUAUUGCCAUAUGCAACCCACUGAGGUAUGCAUCCAUCAUGAGCACACACUUUUGCCUCCAGCUUACAGCUGCAUCCUGGAUGUGGGGCUUCUUUUCUGUGAUCCCACCUGCCCUCUUGGUAGGUGAGCUGCCAUUCUGUGGACCCAAUGCCAUCAACCAUUUCUUUUGUGAUGUGGACCCCUUGCUCAAAUUGGCCUGCUUUGAAACAAGGAAUAUUGCAAUGAUUAAUAUUUUCAAUGCAGCCCUCCUCCACCUGAGCUCAUUAAUGGUAACAGGGGUGUCCUACAUGUUCAUCAUUUCAACAGUAGUUAGGAUCCCUUCAGCCGAAGGACGCCAGAAAGCACUAUCUACAUGUGCCUCUCACCUAAUUGUGGUGACACUCUUCUAUGGAAGCUCAAUUUUCAUUUAUGUUCAGCCACAAAAAAGACACUCAUUGGAUCUCAACAAGGUGGCCAGCAUUUUGAAUACAGUGAUAACACCAUUACUAAACCCUUUCAUUUAUAGUCUGAGAAACAAGCAAGUCAAGGAAGCCCUGGAACGUCUUACCAGGAGGAAAAUUUCCCCCUCAGAAUUCUGA